CCGGUCCACUCACAUGAUUCAGUAAAGUCACAGGAGUGGAAGGACGAGGUUUCCCACUCACAGAGUCACUGUGGCUUUCCUCUAACAGCCUGGUCAUCAGUAGAAUCAUCAUCACUGUCUGCAUUUUGAUUUUUGUGCCUAACCUCUGUAUUGCUCGACAUUUAUUGUUUCAAAACUGGGUUAUAAAUCGUGAAGGCUGGAUUUCCAAUUAUAGUGACGAAAACCAGAAAUCUUGAAACUGGAUUUGGAAAAAAAUGGUGACUGAAAUUUGAAUGGCUACUUUGUCUUCAUUACAUCAGCAGUAAAGACCUCAUGAAGCUGGAUUUUCCUGUUCAACUGGACUGAUGUGGUAACCGUCUCCAGCCUUGUUCGAUGCUGUGCCAUCAUGCUGUACUUCCAGGUGGUGAUACUCGCUGCUACGGUCAUGCUGGUUUACUACUGUGAGUUCACUGACACUUUCAGUCCAGCAGAGCAGGGCUUCAUUUGCAGAGAUCCCACUUUGACCAAACCUGAUCCUGGACCUGAACAGAACAGCCGCAUACCGCCUAUAAUACUGUACUCUGUGCUGAGCGGACUACCUGUUGUACUGAUUUCAGGGGUGGAAGUAGUCAUCUUCCUCUUUUACUACAACUCAAACAACUUUUAUGAGCAGGAGAAGGUUGUUGUCGUGGGAGACUGCUGCUAUGUUAACCCCAUGGUGCGCAGGACCGUCCGUUUCCUUGGCGUCUUUGUCUUUGGUUUGUUUACAACAGACAUUUUUGUUAGUACUGGUCAGAUGGUCACAGGAAGUCUGGCUCCCUACUUCCUGUCUGUGUGCCAGCCCAAUUACACUGCUCUCGGCUGCCAGGAUACAGCGUUCUUUGUGAGCCAGUCAGAUGGCUGUACUGGUGACCCUGAUGACAUCAUCAGAGCCAGGAAGACAUUUCCCUGCAAAGAGGCUGCACUCAGUGUCUACUUAGCUGUUUACUUGGCAUGUCAGAGAAAUAAUCUUCCUUUUCAGAUGUACAUCAUGUCCUGUGUUGGAUCUGCAGUGGGGCGUCUGGCUGGGCCCUUUGUCAGCCUCUCAUUGGUCAGUCUGGCUUUGCUAACAGGCAUCAACAGAGUGGCUGAAUAUCGUAACCACUGGAGUGAUGUUAUAGCAGGACAAGCCAUUGGUGCUGCUGUCGCUGUCUUUCUGGUUGUUUUUGUGGUUCAGUAUUUCAAAAAGAGACCUGUGAUUCCCCAGAGUCCCUCAGACUCAGGCACGGCUAAUACCGAUGAGGUUUCCCCUGAAGUCAAUCACAAUAUGGAGACCAGUGAUAAGAGCCCAGGGUCCAUCACAGAAGUCACAUGACUAUGAUGGACCACCCCCUCACCCAACCACACCAAGGGGGAGAUUGACGUCACCAAUUCUGUGUAGUUCAUGGACCUUUGUUUUUUACAUCAGUCUCAUUUGCGUCUCAUUUACAUCAGCAACAUUUUCUGUCAUUUAAGAAUUAAUCUAUCAUUGCCACUUUUAUUUUGCACUGUAGUGUUGUUCUCCCAGGGUCAAAUGUGGCACAAACAGUUAAAAAAAUGUUUACUGUAAAUGUACUGUCAACUUCAGAAAUGUCACUGUGGAUAUUGUAGCAGCCAUUUUAAUUAAUAUAUGAUUUGUUUUCUAUAUGGGUAAAAGUAUUUGAUAUGUGUAUUCAAUGUAAAUUUAAUGUGAAUACAUGUAGCACGUGUUAAUGUCAAAUAUAAGUCAGUAAGAUUGCAUGAUAUCAUAGGUUAUAAAGCGGGAUAAAGGGAUAAAUAAUAACUAGUUUAAGACAGGAUCAUUGGUUGUCAUGAUUUCCACGAUAUUGUCUGUGUUAUGUAGGAGUCUUUGGAAAUCUGAAUUCAGUUCAUUUCAGUUUUCCAUUUUAUUUAUAUAGCACCAAAUCACAACAGUUGCCACAAUAAUAGAGAGAAAUCCCAACAAUCAAAUGACCCCCCUUGACCAAGCACUUGGCAUCAGUGGGAAUGAAAAACUCCCUUUUAACAGGAAGAAACUUCCAGCAGAGCCAGGCUCAGGGAGGGGCGGGGCCAUCUGCUGCGACCGGUUGGGGUGAGAGAAGGAAGACAGGAUAAAGACAUGCUGUGGAAGAGAGACAGAGAUUAAUAAUAACUAGGGAUGGGUACCGGUAUCUGGUGCCAUAAUGGCACCGGUUCUGACAUAAACGGUAGUAACCGGACCGAAAAGCAGCGCACAUUUCGGUGCUUUAUUUCGGUGCUUUAUUUCGGUGCUUUUUUUUCCUGAGAUGUCAUACACUUUGGAUUCUAGCCAAUCAUUUUACGUUUAUGAGGAUAGUAGGCGGGCCCAGGUACGUACGUUCUUUUAGAGCAGAGCUACAGAUUAAAAAUGCCCAAGGCAAAGCGGUCAAAAGUCUGGCUGUACUUCACAGCAAAAGAUGCAAACAGCAGCCUGCAACAAGUGCUUUAAGCUGAUACUGUGCAAAGGAGGUAACACCUCGAAUCUGAUGAAACACCUGGAGACACAUAGGGUUCUUUUAAAAGCCGUAUUUGAUAGCUUGCUGCAAGACCUCACACCGAGCACAUCUACUGUGGGUGUGGUGCCUGUUAUCGGACCCGGAGUUAGCAACUUCCCCCAAGAACCCGAAGAGCAGAGUCCUGGCCCUUAGCCCUGCCAGUGUAGCAGAAAUGAUGAGGAUGAUGAUGGCAGCAGCAGCCGUUCUUCUCUGCGUGAGUAGCUUAAUGUUGUUCGUGUGUAAUUUACGUUGAGUAGGCUAACCACGUUAUUAAAUUAAUGCAUGUAAGGUGAACUAGCAAACACCGUCGUAGUUACAUGCGGCUGUCUUCUCGUUUGAUGGCAGAUGCUCCCUUCACCCUGGACAAAAAGGCUAAAAUGACCAAAGAAAAAGUGGGAAACAGCUAAACAUGAGAGGUUUUUAGACAAAGUUUGUGUUUCUUCCAUUGUUUAAGCACUGCUUCCAGCCAAGAGUGAUACCAUAUAUGCCCUAUAGCUGCAGAGAAGACUAACAUUGUUAUCUUUUUACAAAAAAACAGCUAAACAUGAGAGGUUUUUGGACAAAGUUUGUGUUCUCCAUUCUUUAAGCACCGGUUCGAGCACCGGUUUAAGCACCGGCACCGUUUCAAAAGUACCGGUUUGGUACUGGCAUCGGAUAAAACCUAAACGAUACCCAUCCCUAAUAAUAACUAAUGAUUAAAUCCAGAUUGGUGUACAAAAACAUAGUGAGUCAAAAAGGUGAGUGAAGAAGAAACACUUUGUAAAUCAUGGGCUCCCAGCAGCCUACACCUAUUGCAGCAUAACUAAGGAAGGAUUCAUGGUCACCUGAUCCAGCUUUAUUGAAAAGGAACGUUUGAAGCCUAAUCUUAACAGCACAGAAAGUAUCCCAAACCUAAACUGGGAGCUGGUUCCACAGAAGAGGGGUCGUCUGAUUCUUUAAGACCUUGUAUGUGAGGAGCAGGAUUUUGAAUUCUGGAUUUAACAGGGAGCCAAUGAAGGGAAGCCAAUACAGGAGAAAUCUGCUCUCUCUUUCUAGUCCCUGUCAGGACUCUGAACUAGUUUUACUCUGAGACAGGAUAUUUCUAAUUUUAGUAAUAUUGCAUGAAUGCGUGCAAGCAGUCCUACAUAUUUGUUUAAUAUGUGCAUUGAAGGACAUAUCCUGGUCAAAAAAGACUCCAAGUUUCCUCACAGUGUUACUGGAGGCCAAGUUAAUGCCAUCCAGAGCAAUUAUCUGGUUUGACACCAUGUUUCCAAGAUUUUUGGGGUACAGUAGCCUCAGUUUUGGCUUGUUUGUUUUGAAUUUACAAGCAGGAUAUUAGAGGUCAACCAGUUCUUUAAGGCAUUCCUAAAGUUUAAUUAAUUGGUGUGUGUUAUCUGGCUUAAUUGACUUUAGAGCUGGAUAUAGCACUCUGUCAUUUUUCUCACUUUGCUUUGAGUUUUGUUUUUGGCUAAAAAAAAACCCCAAACCAACCAAAAAAACUAUAGUUUUCUUUCCCCCCAUGCCUCUCUGUGAAAUCAGACAGAAGAAAGUAAGGCACGCCUCAGGCAAAAUGGAUCUAUUCAAAAAACAAAGAGCACGAGAACCUGAGCUACACUGAACUAUGUAGAAAGUGCAACAAUCUGGUGGUGACUGUGAGAUUUCCUCAGCUUUAAGUAACAGGCGAGUUCUCACUAGAUUUUGCACAAGUUGGUAAUUACCAACCAUUUUCAUCAAGGUGCAUUACCAAGGAAGGUGAAAGAAUGUGGAAGGCCAUGCCUCUGGAACAUACAAGUUACCAGAGACACCAACACAGGAGAAAGACGGAGAGAGCGCCAAAGGUGGAGACACAUAGAAAAGGUAGGUCAGCAGAGGACGAGGACGCCAUGACACGAUGUUACAGCUUUUGGGAAGAAGCUGUGUUUGAGUCCAGUUGUGUGUAGAUGGCUUUAACAUGUCUGGCUGAUGGAAGGAGUUUAAACAAAUGGUGUGUUGGGAGUCUUUGUGGGUUUGCCUGGUACUUCUAACACACUGAGUGGUGUAGAGAAUAUCCAGAGAUGGUAGUUCUGUUGCGACAAUCAUUUGUGUGACCUGACAGUCGCGCAAGUCGCAAGUUGUGUGGAUGCUCUUUAUUGUCCAUCUGUAGAGGUUUUGGGGGCAUUUUUGCCGUCCUUACCCUCCUUGUGAAGUAAAGGCACUGUUGUGCCUUACCCACAACUGCUGAGAUGUUGUCAUCCCAGGAAACGUGCUCUGUGAGUACUCUUUCCACCAUCCAUUAAUGUGUUAUGGUGUGUGUUGUUUUCUUUGUAGUCCUACAGUCUAUAACGAUCUGUUGGUCUUUAUGACGUUUAAGACCGGGUUAUUAUUUGGACACCAUAAUAAUAAAUGUGUCGAGAAAGGUUGAAAGAGAUUGAAGUCCUCCUGCCUUACCUGUCAUUACAUCAGGGCCAAAAUCACCCCUGAGCAAUGCAUGUGACUAGUUUCUCCAUACAGGUGGCGUGAAGCUGUCAUCACCAUCAAAGGCUUCUGUACUCAUUUUUAUUUUAAUUUAUUAAAUUAAUUUCAGUUAGCGUGUUCAUGUGUGGAUUGGAUGGGUUGUUAUUGACAUGUGGGGAGAAUUUCAUGUCAAUGGCACCUUUAGAAAUAUAUUUGCUUAAAAAAAAUUGGUUAUGUGCUCGAGGCUUACUGUACCUGCUGUAUGUGCUUGGACAGUCUGAGGGCACUUGGUGAGUAAAUUAAACAUCCAGUGCAGAGGCUCAUUCCUGGUGCAUGAAGUUUCUCCACCAACCUAUUUUGAAGGAUGGUGUUAAAUGCCAAGCUGUGGUUCCACAGAGCGUCUUGAUGAGUGUUGUGCUUCUCUAAGAGAGGAUGGAUGGAUUCCUUGAUGUGAUCGAGUACCAGUCGUUCUAACUAUUGGAGCAACUGGCCGAUAGUCACUUAGACAAUUUACUGUAGGGUUUUUGGGCACAGGCACAGUGGUGGACAUGUAAGUGCAGUACAUAAGGACAGAGGGAGGUUUAAAAAUGUAAGUAAGCAUCUCUGCUAGCUGGUCGGCAUAGGCCCGGAGCACCCAUCCUUCAAACUGUGUGUUGCUUAAAUGUUGUUAGCAUUGAUGGGGGCUCUGAUCACAGCUACUGUAAACCACUGGGCUGAUAGCUGUAAUAAAAUUGUGCAGCAGAGGGAGCUUUUUAGCUUCCUUUACAGGAAUAGUCCUCAUCAGAGCCCGUUUGAUCUCACUGGAAGAAAUGCUUUGAGUUCAUUGACUGACCAUCAUGUCUUAAAGUUUGAUUGGGCAAGAAAUUCUGCCAGUUAAUGUUUGAGCCAGACGAGGCUCAAUCUGUUUAUGAUUUUAUUUGGUCCCUAAAUAUCAGGACAUGGAAGAACAACUUAAAAAGCACAGCAUUACAUAUUCUGUCUGUCCAGUGUUAGGGUUAGGGUUUACACCUCAGAGUUAUUUCAGUAGUGUGUCAAAAGUCUGUGUGCACGUAUGUUCAAUCAAAUAAUAAGUAAUUAAAGUAAUUCUGUUAUUUUUGUGUGCUUUUCAAUCAGACAUCUCCUGUUUGGUAUCUUGAACUUCUACAGCAGCAGAAUACAUUUAGAAAGCAGGCAGCCUGUCCGAGCGAGACAUUAUAGUUUAUACAACUUAAAUGGACCGGCUUUUUCAUUUCAGUUAGUUUUACUGCGCUACUAUCAUCUUUAUUAUUGUAAUGUAUUUUAAAACCAGAAUUACAAAGUCCCGCCCCCAACUGUGCUGUAACCGCGUUUUUUAUUUCACUUGUAUCUUUAAUAUAUGGUUUUUCUGUCAUGUUUGAAAGUACAAUCUCAUGAAUUACUUCAAAUUCACAGGACAGCAAAGAUAUGAUUGAUUUAUGAGUCUUUUCUCCUCUAUGCUUGUUUUCUUCUGGUGGUUUUCCUGAUCAUUAAUGUAAAGUUUGUCUCCCCUUUGUAAGUCAUUUAGAUUUAGAAAAAACACCUCAGAUACAAAACAAAAUAUAUAACAAAUGUAUAUGUUUGAUUUAAUUAUAUAUCCAUGUUGUAAUACUGCAAAUGUAAUAUUACUUGUAAAUGUUAUUUGUGCCAAAACUAUAUAAUAAA